GGGAGGGAGUUUAUGUAGCACGAUUUAAAGAGCUCAAUGAGAACCACAUGGAGGAAGCAGCCCUGAUGACUAAAACCAAUCUGGCAGGGAAGAUCGAGCGCUGAGGAUACCCUCUGACAUUUUCAACGGCGCUCUGACGGGAGAGCUACGUGUCCACCGAUCUGUCCAGGAAACCUCUCUUUGGUGCUCCAAACGCAGGCCAACCUUCCGCUAGGAGACGUGUGGUCAUUUUCACUAUUUAACUAGGAUUCAAGGGACUCAAGACAUGUCAAGCAACAUUGUAAGAAGGACCUCCAGCAAGCAAGGAUUGCAAAACCUCCUGAGACUGACGGCACAGCGCAGCAUCGAGGAUGCUGAGGAGAUCGAGCGGGAGCGCCGCCGCCGGGCACGGGAGCUUAGUUGCUCCUGUGACACUGAGACCGACUCCAGGGGACCCUUCCAGGACAGCAGUCCAGCCGCUGCUGACAGCCUGCCAGAGAAUGAGUUAAAAUCCAAUGAACAACUGGCCCAGGAGGAGGACGAGGGUUUUAGUGACUGGAGCCACAAGAUAGAAAGAUCCAGACAGCAACACCCAGAAAAUCAUGGCCAGACAGACAAGGACAGAAAUCCCUGGAGUGGAGUCCUGACCCCCAGGGGGGAGGACAUGCAAGAGCAGAAACUGGGGCAGAGGAGAAAAAAGACGGAGAACAUCAAGGAGAGAGAGGAUGUACUCAAGAAAGAGGAGAUAUCAUACAGACAAGGAGACAGAGGGGAAGUGGAAGAAAGACAGAAGAAUGAGGAGGUGAAGGUUCUCAUGAAGGCAGAGAAGGUCCAGCGAGAAGACAAAGUGCAGAAGGUUAAAGACAAGAUGAAGGAGCCAAAAGUCUCGUACGUAUCUACAGUCUUCUUGGAACAGGAGAUGGGGCCAACUGACACAGCUGCAGAUGGAGAUGGAGUAAUUUCUCCUCUCGUUCCAAUGACAAAAAUACCAAGAGGUUCAAGGCAAGCCCAGGAGGGGGUCAUAGGGGUGGGAGCCUUCCAAGAGCCAACCCACCACCGUCAUCAUCAAAGGGAGGCUCCGGGGCUGGAGAAAACACAGCAAGAACAGACAGAAGCUCAGCUGGAGGGGAUGAGGAGUGGGGGCCAGGAAGAACUGACACCAGAACAUCCGAGCUCGAUCAGUGAGAGGACUGAAUCGCUGAACCAAUUCCUGAAGAAAAGUAACAGCACUAAGAAGACGCAGAACCCUGUGGCCGUCUCGAAAAUUGAUGACAGAUUAGAGCAGUACGCUCAUGCCAUUGAGAGCUCCUCAAAGGAGGCAAAGUCAGCCAAACAAGUACAGCUAGACCUCCACGCCCCUCCGGAGCCUGUGGCAUCCAAGAAGAACUUUUUCGAGGGUUUAGAUGCCUGGAAUCAGAAGCUUUCCAAAAGCACGCCAUCCAAGGAUGCCGAGGGCCUGAAGGUGGGCGUGUCCGACCUGAUCAACCAGUGGGUGAGGGGCAGCCCGGACGACAGCGGCAGAAACUCGUCCCCCAGGCCAGCAGAUGUAAAAUCUGGGGACGUCUUGCACAAAAAGAACCUUUGGGAAACACUGGGAGACAGUAGGACAUCUGGGCAAAAAAACAAGGGUACCACUUCUUUGAAAAAAUACAAAUUUGUUGUGAUGGGCCAUGGCAAAUACGAGAAGAUUCCUGUGGAUGAUGAGCAUCAUGAUGAAUACACAAAUGGACAAUCCCGUAAGAAUAAGAGAGCUCCUCUACCUAAUAUCCAAGUAUAGUUUCUCUAUAAUUCUUUUGGGAAUACAUUUACUCAAAGACAGUGUGCAGUUAAAUUAAGGCCUAAAUUCCUGAUAUAUAUACUGUACAUAAGACAUGCUACCAAGUCAACUAAAAAAAAUUCAGGCUGGAUUAUUUUAUCUAACAAUGUAUAUUUUUAUUUUCUACUUUUUAAACUACAUAUAGCAAAUAUACUCAAAAUAUUUUGGGGAAUAUUUUUGCCUUUGGGUUGUUGAAGCACGAACAUGAAAAUCAGUUUGAAGAGGUUCAGCUCCUUUUAAGACAGUGCCGUGGUUAUUAAAUGCAUUUGAUAUUGCAGAACAGAACGCAAAUAUAAAUCUUGAGGACAAUAUAAAGCUAUCAAGGUGUUUACAUUUCUGCAAACAAAA